AUGGUUGUGUCUUUUGCAGUCGCUAUCCUCGCGCACCGAGUCGUCACGCCACAGCAGCACGGCGCCGUCGCGGACGGCAUGGCGAAUGACACGCGGGCGGUGCGCGCCGCAGCCGCCUCGUGCGGCGGUGGGUGCACGCUGCGGUUUGCAAACGGCACCUUCCUCACUGGCCCCUUCUCCCUGUCCGACGGCUCCACCGUCGAGCUGGAUGGCACCAUCGUGGCCGCGCCGAUGGCUUGGUGGGUCCCGGCUGGCUGGGAAGGCGUGCGUGCAUUCGUGUGGACGAGCGGCGCAUCCAGCCUGACGCUGCGCGGCAGCGGCACGAUUGACGGGCAGGGUGCCGAUUGGUGGGCGGGGCAGAGGCCCGUGCGCAAUGACUCCAAGUGGCGGCCAUACCUGCUGCGCAUCGAGCACUCGACCGGAGUGGUCGUGUCGGGCAUCCGCCUGCUCAACUCGCCCAAUCACAACCUCAUGUUUGACAACUGCUCGCGCGUGCGCGUGCUCGGCCUGCGGGUUGAAGCACCCCACGAUUCGCCCAACACGGACGGCAUCAACUUUGGCGGAGGCUCCGAUCAGCUCGUCGCCGACUCGCACAUCUCGAAUGGCGACGACUGCGUGACAGCCAUCACGUCGACGAGCACGCCGCCGCCGGAGCCUGGCCCCUGGCCUACGCUCAGAGCGUUCGGCGGCUCGCUCGUUGUGCGCAACAUGACGUGCGUGGGCGGGCACGGCGUGAGCAUCGGCUCCGUGCGCACGGGCGUCGUCACCAACGUGACCGUCGAGGACGUUCGCUUCUACCGCUCGGACAAUGGCUGCCGCAUCAAGAUGUACCCGAACAACCUCGGCCGGGUCUCGCAGAUCGUGUUCCAACGCAUCUGGAUGGAGGAAGUUCAGCAUCCGAUUGUAAUCAACGCAGAGUACUGCCCGCCAAACCAGAAGCCCUUCCCGUGCCCAGAGAGCAACAUGGCAGUCAACGUGUCGGACGUUCUCUUUGUACGCGUCUCGGGCACCAGCGCGAGCGCGGAGACGGGCAGCUUCACCUGCAGCAAGGCCUCCCCCUGUCGGCGCCUGACGCUGCGUCACGUGAAUAUUGCGCCUGCCUCCGGAGGUACGGGGCACUUCUCGUGCAAGCGUGCGCGCGAUACACAGCUGACGCAGCUGAUGCUGCUCCUCGCUGCGAGCGUGCGGCGGCUGCUGCCGGAGCCGGCGUGGGCCGCCGCCACGGAGCCGGACUCCUCAGCAGCCUCCGCGGGCAGCGCGGCCCAGUCUUGCCCGCCGACGCCGCCAACCCGCUGGGGCGACUUGCUUCGGAUACCGACGGUGUGGCUGCUGCUGCUGCAAGGCGUGCCCGGCUGCAUCCCGUGGGGCGUCAUCUCGGCCUUCCUGCCCGACUUCCUGCACGCGGAGCAUGGCUUGCCCGUCCAGCAGGCCGCUAUUGCCACCCUCGUCAUGACCGCCUUCUCCGCCGGAGGCAUGGGCGGCACGCUCGUCGGCGGAGAGGCAGGCCAGAGGCUAUACAACGCCUCUGCUCGCCUGCCCCCGCUGCUGAUGCUCGCCGCUGGCUCGCUCGGCGUCCUUCCGAUGUGGGCGCUGAUCGCGUCGCGAGGCGAGUGGGGCUUCUGGCCCAGCGCGGCAUGCGCGGCGGCAGGAGGCUUCCUCGCCACGCAGACCGGCCCGAACGUGCGCUCGACGAUGGUCAACGUGACUCGCAGCGAGCAGCGCGGCGUCGCCUUCGCCGCCUUCACCCUCUCCGACGACGUGGGCAAGGGCGCCGGACCCUUCCUCAUCGCGACACUCGUGGCGCAGCGCGGGCGAGAGCGCGCCUUCUCGCUCGCGAUGCUCUUCUGGCUGCCCUGCGCCGCGCUCUGCGCGGCCACGGCUCUCACGUGCACGACGUACUUUGACUGGAAAAGCGCCGGGGUCUAUUACACGCAUCGGACGAGUGGGAUGCCCGGGCCAAUCACGCGGCUGCUCGCGUGCUCAAAGCAGCAAUUCGAUGCCUAUCCGGCCAGCAGCCUCAAGAUGGGACCGACGUUCGUGCACCCAAACUAUGCCUACAACUACAACAACGAGAGCUCGGGCUCGUACAACAAGCCCGCGGCGGUGAUGCACUGGAUAAAGGAGUCGCCGCCCGCCGAGGAGUUUGUCCUCUUCAUCGACGCCGACAUGCUGCUACGCGGAGCGAUCGACCCGGUCGCACUCGGCGCACGGCGCGGCCUGGUGCUCUCCGAGGACGCAAGCUACCUCAACACGGGCAUCCGCGCGAAACUGCCCCAGCAGUACAUUGCGGAAGAGCUGGCGCCGCUCGCAAAGUCUGCCGGCUGGUGGCACAUCUUUCACCGUGACGACCUCGCCACCAUCGCCCCGCGCUGGCUGCACUGGUGCGGCGCAAUCCGCGGCGACCCGCGGCGGUACUGGCGCACGCUCGGCGCGGACGGCGCUCCGGUGCGGGGUCCGCGCGAGGGCGGGGGCGAGUGGGUCUCGAAGGACAUCUCGCUGGGCGACUCGUACGUGAGCCGGGGCGAGGCGCCAUGGAUCGCGGAGAUGUACGGCUACGUCCUGGCGGCGGCCGAGGCGCGCAUACCGACGCAGCUCAAGCACGGGGUCGUCCAGUACUCGGAUUUCGGCCGCGCCGCGCCGUACGCAGAGGGCGGGCCAGCCAUCAUCCACUACGGACUCCACUGCCACGUCGAGUCGUACCACUUCACCAAGUACGACUACCCCGCCUUCGACAUCGCCAGCUGCGGGGGCCACUUCUUCCGACCGCCCUCCAAGCCAAGCCCACGGCAGGCGCGCCCUCGGGCAGCAAGCCCUCUGCGCUCUGCGCCGAGACGGUCACCCUGCUGAACCGCGCCCUCUGCUCCUUCUACCGAGAGCAGUGCCCCCGCGACUCGCCGGCGGCGGCCGCCGCUUGCCCGCCCGCGCAGCUCGAGGGAGAGUGGUGCGCAAACGACAAGGAGGACUGCGCUGAGAAGGCAAAGCGCGGCGAGUGCAGCCAGCGCGACGUGCGCGCCGCGUGCGUGCAGAGCUGCACCGGCUGCUGCGGCGACUCACACCCAAACUGCCUCAACUGGGCAAUCUCUGGUGAGUGCACCAAGAAUGCCGGCUUCAUGAAGGGCGCGUGUGCCCUCUCUUGCGGCCACUGCUCUCCUCCGCCGCCGCCCCAGAGGAGCGGUGCCGAGGGGGAGGCUCCUCCCUCGCGCGCCUCAGCCGCCACCGCGGCCAAUGGCCACGGAGGCGACGCGGGGGAGGGGGUCGCGGCGGCCGGGAGAGGCGGCGCGGCGAGGGGGAGGGAGCGAGGGGAGGAGGGCGAGGCGGCGGGGGCGGCGGGGGCGGCCGAGGACGAGGCCGCAGCGGCCGAAGUCGAGACGGCGGCGGUGGAGCGCGCAGCGGCGGCGGCUGGGCCGCGGCCGGGGAUUGAGCGUGGUCGCCAGGAGCGCGUGCGGUCUGCGGUGCGACCUGCAGAGGACGAGCCGCAGGCGCACCACCUGAUGCUGCCCUUCUGGUGCUCGAUCAUCGUCACCGCCCCCUUUCUCCUCAUCCUACUGAGGCGGCGCCGGCGGCGCAA